UUUUUUUUUUUAAUCUAUUUUCAUAUAAUGUCGAUUAAUGAUUCACUGUAUGAAUUUGAUGCACCUCAAUUUUGGGAUUUAACGGAUUCUAUCACACAAACAAAGCCUAAUGCAAGUUGGUUCCAUGAGGAAAAUAUUUCUGGCCCUUCAUUCCCUGAAGAAAUAAAAAGAAGACCGUUAAGAUCUUAUAGAUCAGCCAAUUAUAAUUUUCGAGACAAGUAUCAAAAACGAGAACAAGAACGAAUACAACAAAUAUCAAAUAAUUUCUUAAAACAAUUUGAAGAAGAAGAAGAAGAAACAACAGCACAAAAAAUUGUUCGUCAUGAAAGCUCCUUAGACAUGCAGGGUAAAAGACAGGUGUUGGGAGAAAGUAAUGAAGGAAUGUUAACAAGAGAUCUUACAGAUCCAUCUCAUGAAAAUAUUUCUUCUGAAAAGACAAAAGAAAAAUCUAUACCACUUCACCAUAACAAAGACGAUAAAGAAAAUGUAUUUGAUCAACAAGCAAUAGAGCAAAAUGAUAAGGAUGAUACAAUAUCCAUCUAUGAUAAUGAAGUUCAAUUGAAUAAUAGCAAAAUUCUGUCUCAACAAGGAUCAACUAUCUCGGGUAAAGAAUUUUUUGAACGGUUACUAGAAGCUUCAAAAGUUAAUCUUAGAGCAAACAUCGUUAGUAUUCAACGUUUACUGCCGAAAAAUAUCAAAAAAGAAAUACCGAUAAAUGAGAAACAACGACAUAUUACAGCAACUAAUAAUAAUCAACAAGUUCAAAAAAGCCUUACAGGACUAAAAAGACAUUUUUCUUUUGAUGCAGAUUUAAGUAAAGAUCAUGUUAAUAUACCACAGUCAACAACAACAACAACAACUGAGUCAAGAACUGCAAAAACAGUUUCAGUAGCAAAGAAGUUUAGAACAAAUACACCUGAAAGAAGCCAUACUUAUCAGCCUGAUGAGAAUGUAGAAAGACUUCGUUUACUACUAAAAUCACCCAAUGAAAAAUUUAGCUAACACAGAAACUCACUCCGAGUAUGAAAACAGCUUGUAGGAUCAUAGAUAUAAAUUACAUUAUAUAUGUAUAUGUAGUAUGUAAUAAAUGGAUUACAAAAGCAAUAUGUAUACACAUAUAUAUGUAUAUGAUAUAUACAACUGUGCAGUAAGCCGAAAUUAUUGACAAAUGUUA